AUGUUGGUGGUUGCACAAGACAGGGCAGAGCUGGCAGGAUCCGACAAGGCCAACGUAAGGCGGGAAUGCUGCCAUGCCAUACUUCAUCCUGCAGUAUGGACCCGGGAGUACAAGACAAGGCAACCGUCGAGGUUAUUCUUGCCUGUGGCGCGUGGGUGUGUGCUAAAAUCCUGCUGCCCGGGAGGAAGAAUUCAAGAUUACCAAAGACGGGACGAGGAGAUUGUUUCGUCAAACGGGGUGCCAUUGAUGAUCCAACGGGCGAGGCAAUACAAGAAAAUAAAAGGACGAGACAUCGGAAACAAUACGCACGCAGCCCCUGAGGGGGCAAAUGAGGUGGAAACAUGGCGAGAUGCGCAGCGGACGACUGUGCCACAGGCGAGACACAGAGAGAGAGCCACUUGA